GUCCAAGCAUUGAAUUUAAUUUUCCUUUGUAAAAGAAUCUCCCUCUCACUUUGACAAAAGUACACUUUUGGAAAAUUAUUAAAAUGCCGGCUUGCUUACCAUACACAGUCUACGCCUAUACGUUUUAGAACUUCUCUUCUCUUCUCUCUGUUUUUUUUUUUAAUUAGAGGCACGAGAUAUAGCUUCUGGAGAAAAAAAGAAGGAGAAUGAAGUUGAUGAAGGUAUUAAAAUUAAUUUUGGUGGUGGUGACGAUGGCGAUGACAAUGGCGGAAGCGUUAUGGCUAGAAAUGCCGAGUUCAGGGGCUAAAUGUGUGUAUGAAGAAAUCCGUAAUAACGUCGUCGUUUUGGUUGAGUAUGCUAUUGUUGGUAUCAAUGAGCAGAAUCAAUAUAGUUUUAUUCGCGAUUUGAUCUCCCUUAAGGUUACAUCACCAUUUGGAAAAAUUCUCCACCAUGAAAAUAAUGUUACAAAUGGUGAAUUUGGUUUUACAACGACUGAGCCUGGAAACUAUAUGGCGUGCUUUUUCAUGAAUAGCCAAACUCCUGAUGGUAAAGCUGUACAUAUUGGUCUUGACUGGAAAAUUGGGAUUGCUGCCAAGGAUUGGUACUCAAUUGCUCGAAAAGAAAAGAUACAAGACAUUGAACUUGUGCUGAUGAAAUUCCAGGCAUGGGUGCAAUCCAUCCGUGAAAAAUUAAUCUAUAUGAAGAAGAGGGAAGAAGAAAUGAGUGAAGUGAGUGAGAGAACGAAUGCAGCUGUGGCAUGGUUCAGUGGAAUGUCCCUUAGUCUCUGCAUAUUGGCUGCAGCCACGCAAAUAUGGGUGACUGAAUUGGUGCAGCAGGUGGUAUCUCAUAAGGAAAGUCAGGUCGGGAUUGAUUCUCUCUAUCAAUGCCUUCUAAGCCAAACUCAUCCCUGUACAUUUGCCUAGUGCGAGUAACAUUUCUUGUUUGGUUUGUGAACUUUGAAUAUGACCUGAAGUUAAGUUUUCAAUUACUCAAUAGAAUAAAACUAACAGACAGUUGAAUAUGAA